CCACCCCCACAUCAAGAUUCCUUUUUCCCAACCCACCUACCGCUUCCAUUAGCAAUUUCCAAUCAAAUAACAUUCUGCGAGAAAACCAAGAGAGCGAAGUCAUACGUAUGUUGCAGAGGGAAUCAAAGACGUAUGUUACACUCCAAACUAGACACGGGCUAACCAAAUAAAUAGUCAUCACACUCUCAGAGAAUCAAAGACGGUGUCUUUGUGGAAGCCAUGGCUGAGAAAGUGUCCGGUGGAAGUAAAGGGAAGCCUAUUAGAUGCAGAGGUGCGGUGUGUCGGAGGCCAAGUGAGCCUCUGGUGAUCGAAGAGAUCAUAGUGGCACCGCCGAUGCCUCAUGAAGUACGCAUUCGAAUUAUUUAUACUUCUCUGUGCCACAGUGAUCUCUUGUUCUGGAAGAUAAAGGACUUUGCUGCUGCAAUGUUCCCUAGAAUUCUCGGUCACGAAGCUAUCGGGGUCGUGGAGAGUGUUGGGGAGGAUGUCAAUGAGGUAAGCGAAGGAGAUACUGUCAUCCCAACAUUCAUGGCAGACUGUGGAGAAUGUGGAGAUUGCAAAUCACCGAAGAGCAAUCUAUGUUCAAAAUUACCCUUCAAGUCCUCACAUUUUAUGCCAAGAUAUGAGACAAGCAGGUUCACAGACCUCAACGGCGAGGCUAUAUACCAUUUCCUAUAUGUGUCUAGUUUUAGUGAGUAUACAGUGGUAGACAUAGCUCAUGUCACAAAGAUUGAUUCUGGAAUACCUCUUACCAAGGCUGCAGGCCUUCUGGGGUGCGGAGUAUCAACAGGGGUUGGUGCUGCAUGGAGAACGGCAAAUGUAGAGCCAGGAUCAACUGUGGCUAUAUUCGGGCUCGGUUCAAUUGGAUUAGCUGUUGCAGAGGGAGCAAGACUUUGUGGAGCUACAAGAAUUAUCGGCGUGGAUGUGAACGAAGACAAAUUUGAAGUUGGGAAAAAGUUUGGACUCACUGACUUCGUCAAAGCUGCAAAUUCUGAGAAUAAAUCUGCGAGCGAGGUGAUAAUUGAGAUGACUGACGGGGGUGCAGAUUAUUGCUUUGAAUGUGUGGGAAUGGCAUCAGUGGUGCAAGAAGCUUAUGCUUGUUGCCGGAAGGGUUGGGGAAAAACAAUCGUGUUAGGAGUGGACAAGCCAGGGUCACAGGUGACCAUUUCUUCACGUGAUAUCCUUACUACUGGCAAAUCCCUCAUUGGAGUCUUAUUUGGAGGACUCAAACCCAAAUCGGAUAUUCCUACUCUCCUCAAUCGCUACAUCAACAAGGAACUACAACUGGAUGAGUUUGUAACACAUGAAGUGCCGUUUGAAGACAUUAACAAAGCUUUUGAUUUACUCAUUGAAGGGAAAUGUUUGCGAUGUGUAAUCUGUAUGAAUGAUCAAUGAGUUACUUCCAUUAGUAACAGCCUCUCCUUUCACAUGCAAGAUUUCAGGGUUUAAUAAGGAAGUACCAUCUAGAGAGUGGAAGCAGCAAGCAGUUUCCGUAAUAUAUAUAUUGAUAAAACCAAUAGAACUACAGCAUUCUCAAGUCAUUGUUUCCCCAAGUUCAAUUUUCAUGGAUCUCAUGCUAUAACUCAUCGAAGUGAGUUUUUCCUAAUAUGUUGAGACGGUUGAGUAUUUGUGCGCCUUGUAUCUCUGCUGCAUGUACUCCUUGAAAGUUGCAUUAUAUUGUGAAUUAGUGUUUGUAACUUGUAAGGUCUGCUAUUACAAUGUGGUUCUUCUCAUCAUAUUUCCCGUUGUUACUUUUCAA